GUAAAACACCGGUAUUAAUUAAUGAGAUGUGAAGUGAUCAUCAACACAACCGCCCGGGAUAGCCAACUGAUCGGCCGGAUUAGGUUUGGGUCUUGCAUUUGCGGGGCUAGCCACGACAUGACCACAACCCCAACCACAAGAUCCGUUGUCUCCCUCAUGUGGCACCCCAUGAGACCACCUAUCUCGCAAAGGGAAAGUGUGUGUGUCUGUGUCCCUGCCGUUUCACUCUCUAGGCUAGGCUAGGAUGGUGUUUAAGACAGUUAAGCUUGGCCCCAACCCCUAAAAUGAAGGAGAGACGCCAAGCCUAAACCAAGAGAAGACCAAAGCCAGCGACACCCCUCUCUCAUCACCAGUUCACCAGUUCGUCAUCACCACAUGCACAAGUGCACGAGCUAGAGCGGACGUACGUGCAGCGCGCUAGCUACUAGUAGCUCGGCUCGCGGCCCCGGUUGAUCCAUGUCCAUGAGGAGCGUUCCAUGACCACCCCCUCCUCCCCGUGUUCUUCCUCCUCCUCCCCCACCUCCGGGCAACAUCGCCGGUGCCAAGUCCAGGAAUCGGCGGCGGUGGACAACGAGGGCGACAACGGCCAGGUCGUCCACGGCAUUCCGUUUCCGGAGGCUAUAGAAGACGUCGAGGGAGCCGAGCUGUCGCCCCCGCGGUGCGAAUGGGAGUUCCGGCUGGCGGCCACCGUGCCGUCCCCGUCGCUGGCCGGCGCGUCCGAAGCCAUCGGCAGCGUCGACUUCGACCCCGCCGGCCGCCUCCUCGCCACGGGCGGCAUCGCGCGCAAGGUCCGGAUAUACGGCGUCGCCGGCCUGCCGUCGUCGCCUAGCCCGGCCGCGUGCAUCUGCGUGCCGGCCAAGCUCAGCAGCGUGCGGUGGCGCCCCGAGGAGGGGGGCGGGCGCGCGGUGGGCUGCGGCGACUACGACGGCGUCGUGACGGAGUACGACGUGGAGCGCGGCGUCGCGGCGUGGGAGCGCGACGAGCACGCCGGGCGGAGGGUGUGGGCGCUCGACUACGCGCCCCGCGGCGCGCCCACGUCCAUGGCGGCGUCCGGCUCCGACGACCGGACGGCGCACGUCUGGGACCCGCGCGCGCCCUCGGGGUCGUGGGCCACGGCGCGGGCAGGCGGCGCCGUCCUCUGCGUGGAGUUCGACCCGUCCGGCGGGCCGCAGCUGGCGGUGGGGUCGGCGGACCGGCGCGCGGCCGUGUACGACGUGCGCGCGCUGGGGCACGGCGCGGUGGCGUGCAUGGACGGGCACGCGCGGGCCGUGACGUACGUGCGGUGGGCGCCGGCGCGGCGGGUGGUGACGUCGGGCGCCGACGGGACGCACCGGCUGUGGGAGUGGCCGGCGGCGCCGGCGCCGGAGCUGUCGGGCCCGGCGCGGGAGGUGCGGUCGUACAGCGGCCACGUGAGCGGGCGGAGCUUCGUGGGGAUGGGGCUGUGGCGCGGCGCGGGGCUGGUGGCCAGCGGGUCCGAGUCCAACCACGUCUUCGUCUACGACCUCAGGUGGGGCAAGCCUGUGUGGGUGCACCCCUUCGACGUCGCCUCCGACAGCUCCUCCGACGCCGGAGGGUUCGUCAGCGCCGUCACCUGGCUGCAGGGCGACGCCGACGGCGGCGGGGCGCUCGUCGCCGGCAGGUCCGACGGCGUGCUCAAGAUGUUCACGUGCCAGCCACGCCGGGGAGAUACCCACCACCAAGUGGACGACCUAUAGCGACCCAUUCUGAGCCAGUGUGCGUGUGAGAGAUUCAUUCUUGCGUUUCAAUUAUGAUUAUACUUUAUUUUCUUUUGUGACUCGUUCCUGACAUUUUUUAUGUAUGCACUGAUUUAUUUUUUAAGCAAUACAAAUAACUAAUUUUUCAUCGAUUA